CCUCCUGUGAGGGCUAAGAAGUGGGAGGAAGUGGAGGCAGAGGCUCGAGCCCGCGUCAUCUCCGAGGGAGGUGACCCCGGUGCAGAGAUGGUCGUCCUGAGCCGGUGCACGGUUCAGUUCGGCAAGUACCGGGGUCAGACCUUCAAGUGGAUGAUGGAGAACGACGUGGGCUACAUGGUGCACGUGGUAACAGUGCAUCAGAAGGAGAGGGCGCGAGAGCGCAGUGUUUCCCAGCAUCCCCUGAUGGCCAACAAGGACGCCUUGACUCGCUACUCGUGCGCCUAUCCGGCCUUCGAUGAGAUGGUCAGGUUCAACCGGGCGCACGAGGAAGCUAAAGUCCUGUCCUCCCAGCCAGGCCAGGAGGGCAAGGCCCUUGUUGGCAUCGGGAAGUACAAGUGGGACACGCUGCAGGACCUGUAUGAGGCUACGGGUGCGGACAGGAUAAAAUAUGUCAGGAGCAUGAGGACGCAGACACCCCGUUAUCCUGGGAGUGCGAUGGCCGCCUUGAUUAGCUACAUCCAACGCAGAGACCAGGAGGGGGUAGCUGCUGUGGCCAGGCCCGCCGCAGCCAGCACCAGCCCCACCAGCACCACCCGGCCCAAGAGUGCGGCUACGCAUCUUGGUCCUGCGAUCUCUGCGUUCCUUUCAAGGCGCACUCUCGCCCCUGGUGAACUGCAGGCGAAGAUGAAGAAACUUAUUGCUUCUCAGCCUGCAGUUCAAGGGGUGUCUUUCCCUCGACCAGCACUGCCAUCGACCGAUCUAUCGGACGCAGAGCUGGUCAAAGCAGCUGCUGACAUAGACACAUCCGUAGCCCCACAGGUCCCCCGAUCGCUCCCUCGGCCUCUGCCUCUAACUUCACAGGUCCCGGUCCAUGCCCCGGUCCAUGCCCAGAGCGAAGAGGAGGAUUUGCCCCGGCAGUCCUUCCUGCCUCCAAGGCCCUCCUCAAAAAGUGCUGAGCUGCUGCUCCCAGAGAGUUGGCGUUCAUCUCUCACCAAGGAGCAGCAGCGGUGGAUCGGCCACACGCUGUUCACCAGGAACAGUUUUGGGAGGUCGACACUCGCCACCGACCUGGUCACGUGGUGGACGCCUCCCCAACCGCGGCCGAUCUACAAUCAGCCACCCGCAUCCCCUGACCCCUUCUUCGCAUGUCAGCUGUUCCUUUGGAUGCCCGUACGUAUAUGGGCAUACAAGCUGGCAUGUCCCCAGUCUGGGUGCAGAGGCACACUCUGCAAGGCUGGGCUCUACAAGACCAUCCGGAGGGUCUUGGACAUCGACCGCUGGUAUCUCAUGGCCACUGAGUACCUGGAAUGCGGUCGGUGUAAGAAGAAGGUCGCGGGGUGGUCACGGGACCUUGUCAGUCAGCUGGACGCUCGGCAUCGCUGCCAGUUUCCAGCAAUAUUGACAUACAAGCUGUCCUGUGACCUGCGGGUUGUGAGGAUGCUGAGGUCGCGCACUUUGGGGAACAGUGCGUCACAGACCUACAGCAAGCUGUGUGAAAGUCACAGCGAGUCGUGGAUGCGGAGUUGUAUACGGUACCUCGGGGAGUGCGAGCAGUUUCUGGCCUUGAGCACUGGGCGGCAGUUCACUUAUCCACCGGAGAUGCCCCCGGUGCCCUCACCCGUCUGGCUGCUGACAGUCUACAGCCAUGACGUGCUGUCGCGGCUGGACGAGGUGAAGGCCAGGGUCACCUCCAUCUUUGGGUCCAUCUUAAAGAUGGACUCUACAAAGAAGGUGACUAAAAAGCUUGCGGGUACCGCUGCAGACACGGCCGCCUGGGUUACCAACGUUGGUAACGAGCAUGGGCAGGUCCUCGUCAGUGUCCUCACUGCUGGUGAGGGCGAGGGCCUGCUCCCCAUGGCGGCUGGUCUCAUGGAGCGGUACCGGCUCGCCGGGUGGCGCCCCCCCAGCUCAUGUGUCACCACUGAGAGCCACCAGCUCUACGGUCCCUUCAUGCGGCAGCUGUCAGUCUGCAUCUUUGAGUGGGAUGCAGGCGAUGUCCGCAGACUGCUGGAGGCCAAGAGGUCUGAGCUGGAGGGGAAGCACGGGAUGGUCGGCCUCACCGAGGCGGAGGUUUCGAGGAAGAUCGGCAGGAAGGAGAUGGCGCUUCACUGUCGGCGUCGUACGCGUGGGGCUGCGGCGACUGAAGUCCUUCUCCUUGACCUCCUCGAGACCUUCAACGGCGAGAAGGGGGUCGAUACCCUGGGCAUCCCGUUGCUGGACUCAAUCCGCAUCCAGGAAAUCUGGAAUGAGCAGAGGCGCCACCUCCACUGCAUACAGGACCCACCCGGUGUACAGCUGUACACCGAGACUGGCAAAAUCACCAAGGGCAGCGUGAUUUUGCCGGUUUAUCGCUGCGCACGGGGCUCCACAUCCUUGGAGUCAUUCCACCUCCACCUCAACCGGUUCAUCCCAGGUACCAGGGCAAAUGCAAUGCAUUUCCAGGCAUUCCUGUUGGAUGGACUGGUGAGGUGGAACGAGGACCGUGCGCAGACAGCAGUUGAGGGAAAGAACAGGCAGCCCCUGCUCUCCUACAGUGGCCACCUGCAGCACAUCCUUAACCUUAGCAGCCAAAGGGUGCUUGGCAAGGAACAGGUUAAGGACUACUCCAAGCCUAGCAAGUACACGGGGGAACUCCUCGGAGUGGAGUACCUGUACUCGCAGACUGGCAGAGUGCUGCAGGAUGUCAGUGUGGACCCUGACUUUCCGGAAGAGGCAGCCGCCGUCGAGCUGCUCGACGAGGAGGACGAGGGCUUUCAGGAGGAUGUGGACCCGACGGUCCACAUCCCUCAUGUCACUCCCAUGAUCGCCCCCGUCCUCCAGCUCAGCGGCACCUCUGUCAGGGGAACCCGCUGA